CCGGUACUGAUGGUCUUGUGAUUUUUCGAUGUUUCCUAACUUUAUCGAUUUACAACAUUUUAACUCAUUUAAGUGAUUCCAUGUCUCAUACCUGAUUGAAGAUAUUAUAUUCAAGAAUCAAUAUUAUAAUCAAUAAUGAAGAAGAAGGUAUUACUGAUGGGGAAAAGUGGUUCGGGGAAAACCAGUAUGCGGUCAAUCAUCUUUGCAAACUAUAUUGCACGGGACACCAGAAGACUUGGCGCAACAAUUGAUGUUGAACAUUCACAUGUCCGUUUCCUUGGCAACCUAGUACUGAAUCUUUGGGACUGUGGAGGCCAAGAAGCCUUCAUGGAAAACUAUUUUGCCAGUCAACGUGAUAACAUUUUCCGUAAUGUCGAAGUCCUCAUAUAUGUCUUUGAUGUUGAAAGCAGAGAGCUUGAAAAAGACAUGCAUUAUUACCAGAGUUGCCUAGAAGCAAUUCUACAAAAUUCUCCCGAUGCCAAAGUUUUUUGUCUGGUGCACAAGAUGGAUUUAGUCCAAGAGGACCAACGCGAAUUGAUAUUCCGAGAGAGAGAAGAGGAUUUAAAGAGGCUGUCUAAGCCACUUGAAUGUACUUGCUUUGCUACAUCAAUAUGGGAUGAAACAUUGUAUAGGGCAUGGUCAUCCAUAGUUUAUCUGCUCAUCCCAAAUGUACAGCAAUUAGAGACCAACUUGGAGAACUUUGCAAGCAUAAUGGAUGCCGAUGAGGUGCUGCUCUUUGAGAGAGCAACUUUUCUAGUGAUAUCACAUUGUCAGCGACAGCAUCAUCCUGAUGUGCACCGGUUUGAGAAGAUCAGCAAUAUAAUUAAACAAUUUAAGUUAAGCUGUAGCAAACUCGCGGCCAGUUUCCAAUCAAUGGAGGUCAAAAAUUCUGCGUUUGCUGCAUUUAUUGACGUCUUCACUUCAAAUACUUACGUCAUGGUGAUCAUGUCAGACCCAAAUAUACCUUCAGCAGCAACACUCAUUAACAUAAAGAAUGCACGGAAACAUUUUGAGAAACUGGAACGAGUGGACCAACAAGGAAUCACAUCAAUGGGUGUGAGGUAAUAUACAUUGUCACACCCCUAUGAUUUAAAAUAAACCAGUCCAUUCAAUCAAUUUGGACAAGUCCAUUACUGAAGCAAAAGAUAAUGAAGGGGUGCAAAGACAUAAAUGGCAGUAUUUAUGCAGUGUAAAUAUUAUAUCAUGAAAAUAUUGUGACUUACAACUCAUAUAAUUCAGUUGUUUUUGACAAUGUUACUAUGGUAAUUGUUGAAUUGUGAAAGACUAUUACAGGAAUCAAAAUUGAUAAUAAUAUAUGAAACAUUUGCUGAAUCAGAUGAUGAAUCAGAGUGAAAUAAGAAUGAUGACAAAAACCUUGACUCAGUUGGUUCAGCAAUGAGACAUUGAUAAGAGCUGAGCCUUUGAAAGAAAAUCUUAGGAGAAAUCAUGUAAUGCAUGGGGCCAUGCCAUGCAGGGUAAACCUCCAAUUCAUAUUCUGAAAUCACAAUACUCUACAGUAUGUUAGAGUAUGAUACCAUAUGAUACUGUUAGAGUAUG